AAGAUGGCAAAGCAAGACCAAUCAAUUGGUGGUUAUGGGGAACUUUACUUUAUUUAAUUUUAGUUGUUUCGGCGGUUUUUAGUUAUGAAGGACAUAUAGAAAAACAAAAAGCCAAAAAUCUUUUUUUAACCGCUCAAGCCCAAGAAUUAGCGAAGAAAAUCAGUAAUUUUUCUUUGUCUUUUACUCUUAAUAAAGACGAAAAAGAUAAGGCCUUUGGUUCAGUCAGUAGCAAAGAGAUUUUAGACCGAUUAGUAGAAGCAGGGUUUAAUUUACGAAAAAGUCAAUUACUCAAUUUUCACCCUCUUCACAGCAUAGGAGAAAAUUACGUAGUAAUCAAAAUACGAGAUAACAUAACUACACAAUUAAAAGUGAUAUUGUCCGAUUGGAAAAGUGAAUUAAAGUUUUUUCCCAAUUCAAAACCGGAGAAAGUCAAGGAAAUACAGAGAAAAAGCGAUGACUUAAUAAAGGUUUUGAAAGAAUUACGAACAGAAGAACAUAUAGACACAUGUCAAAACAUCUCUUCAACAAGAGCAUCACCUUAUGAGUUAGUAUGUGAUGAUUGUGGAAAAAUAAUAGAAAUUAUUUUAUCCUUUAAAACAAUACAAAAAUAUACUUGUUCUUGUAAAGUCGAAAAAUACAUUAAAGAAAAUUCUAUUGUGGGAGUCACAAUUCAAAACUCAACGCACCUAAUUUUAAGAUAUGAUACAGGAAAAGAAAAUAGAGUAGAAGUAAAUAGCGAACAGUUAGAGAUGGUUAGAGACUACUACAAAGACAAAUAUCAAAAAGAAGUAAUAGCAAAACAAGAAGAGGAACAAAAGGAAAUAAAUAGAUUAAGAGAUGAAAAUAUUUUUGGUUUAACUACAAAACAUAAAAUUGAGACUUUAAAAAGAUUUGGAUUAUUGACUAUUGCUGGGGCUCUCAUUAAACUAUUAGGAAAAGCCUUUGAUGAAAAAUUUAUUGCUAAUUUUUGUUAUGUCAUUCCGUUAGCCUUUGGAGUUAGUCCGCAAACUUAUACCUUAAAUUGUGUUUAUAGCGAAGAAGAAGUACUUAAUAGAGAUGAUGACCUGAGAGGAAACAAACAUAUUAAACAUAUAGUCAGUUGUGGUAAUUUAAGUUGUGAUUAUUAUAAAAGAUUGUUUAAUAAUAGAGGGCUAGAUGCCAGCGUAGGAGGUCCUGCCGUUCUGGCAGCCACAACCACUGCAUUAAUGUUCGCUUCUGAAAUAGCAGCUCCGUUUACUUUUGGAUUGUCAUUUGUAGCAAUUAGUGUUCUGUCUUUUGGAAGUCUUGCAGCCGGUGAUUAUGUAAGUGAUAAUAUGAUAAAAAAAACUAUUGAAGAAAUAGAAAAUGAACUGAAAGAAAAGUGA